GUGUGGUACUAAGUGCACAAGCGUCUCUAGCUCAGAGCAGUGUAGCGCAUGUCCAGUUUGAGGAGAAGCCCGUGAAGAAAAAUAAGAACCAUCUCUCCUCCUCUUCCUCAUGUGUUUAUUAUGAAUUUUGAAUUUCAAUUUUUGCAGAACUCCUAGAACUUGAAGAUAACACAGGAAUAUGAAAGAUAUCUGAGACUUAAAAAGAUUAUAAAGGAACAUACAGUUUUUGUUUGCAACUACCCUUUCCUCUGAAGAAUACCAGUUGGAAUCAAAAAAGCAGAAUGAAUUGUUGCUUAUUGCUACCUUUUAUGUUUGGAAUUCCUCUCAUACGGCCUUGCUUUACAGCAACAGAAAUCUCUACAACAGAUGAAGUUAAGCACCUAGUGGGUUCUCAUUUCAGAGUGAAGCGUGGUUGGAUGUGGAACCAGUUUUUUGUACCAGAGGAAAUGAAUAAGACUAAUUAUCACAUUGGCCAGCUAAGAUCUGAUUUAGACAAUGGAAACAACUCUUUCCAGUACAAGCUUUUGGGAGCUGGAGCUGGAAGUAUUUUUGUCAUUGAUGAGAGAACAGGUGACAUAUAUGCCGUCCAGAAGCUUGAUAGAGAGGAACGAUCCCUCUACACUCUAAGAGCCCAGGUAAUAGACGGCACUACUGGAAGGGCUGUGGAACCUGAGUCUGAGUUUGUCAUCAGAGUUUCGGAUAUCAAUGACAAUGAACCAAAAUUCCUAGAUGAACCUUAUGAGGCCAUUGUACCAGAGAUGUCUCCAGAAGGAACAUUAGUCAUCCAAGUGACAGCAAAUGAUGCUGAUGAUCCUUCAAGUGGCAAUAAUGCUCGUCUCCUGUACAGUUUACUACAAGGCCAACCAUAUUUCUCUAUUGAGCCAACAACAGGAGUCAUAAGAAUAUCUUCUAAAAUGGAUAGAGAACUGCAAGAUGAGUAUUGGGUAAUUAUUCAAGCCAAAGAUAUGAUUGGUCUGCCUGGGGCACUGUCUGGAACAACAAGUGUAUUAAUUAAACUUUCUGAUGUGAACGACAAUAAACCUAUAUUUAAGGAACGUUUAUACCGCUUGACUGUUUCUGAAUCUGCACCUGCUGGGACUUCAAUAGGAAAAAUCAUGGCAUAUGAUAAUGACAUUGGAGAGAAUGCAGAAAUGGAUUACAGCAUUGAAGAUGAUUCACAAACAUUUGACAUAAUUACCAAUAAUGAGACACAAGAAGGAAUAGUUAUAUUAAAAAAGAAAGUGGAUUUUGAGCACCAGAACCAAUAUCGUGUUAGAGCAAAUGUUAAAAACCGCCAUGUUGAUGAGAAGCUCAUGGAAUACCAUGUUGAAGCUUCCACCACUUUCAUUAGGGUCCAGGUGGAAGAUGAAGAUGAACCUCCUGUUUUCCUCCUCCCAUAUUACCUAUUUGAAAUCUUUGAAGAAAGCCCACAUGGAUCAUUUGUAGGCAUGGUCUCCGCCAUAGAUCCAGAUCAGAGGAAAUCUCCUAUCAGGUAUUCUAUGACCAGAAGCAAAGUGUUCAGUAUUGAUGACAAUGGCACAAUCAUCACAACUAACCCUCUUGAUCGAGAGAUUAGUGCUUGGUACAACCUAAGUAUUAUAGCCACAGAAAAAUACAAUGUGCAACAGAUUUCUGCAGUUCCUGUGUAUGUGCUUGUUCUUAAUGUUAAUGAUCAUGCUCCCGAGUUCUCUGAAUACUAUGACACAUAUGUUUGUGAAAAUGCAGGCUCUGGUCAGGUAAUUCAGACCAUCAGUGCAGUGGAUAGAGAUGAAUCCAUAGAAGAUCACCAUUUUUACUUUAAUCUACCUGUGGAAGACACAAAGAACUCAAGUUUCAUAAUCAUAGAUAAUGAAGAUAACACAGCUGUAAUUUUGACCAAUAGAACUGGUUUUAGCCUUGAAGAAGAGCCUGUCUUUUACAUAUCUGUCCUAAUUGCUGACAAUGGAAUCCCAUCACUUACAAGUACAAACACCCUUACCAUACACAUCUGUGACUGUGAUGACUAUGGCAGUACACACACCUGCAGGAAUAAGGACCUUACACUUGCCAUGGGAUUCAGAACAGAAGUCAUACUUGCUAUUUUGAUAAGCAUCAUGAUAAUAUGUGGGUUUGUUUUUUUGAUCUUAGGUCUGAAACAGCGAAGAAAGCAGACUCUCUUUCCAGAGAAAGGUGAAGAUUUCCGAGAGAAUAUAUUCAGAUAUGACGAUGAAGGGGGCGGAGAAGAAGAUACAGAGGCUUUUGAUAUUGCGGAGCUGAGGAGCAGCACCAUCAUGCGGGAACGCAAGACACGGAAAACUGCUACCGCAGAGAUCAGGAGCCUAUACAGGCAAUCCUUGCAGGUCGGCCCAGAUAGUGCCAUAUUCCGGAAAUUCAUUCUAGAAAAGCUUGAAGAAGCUAAUACUGAUCCUUGUGCCCCUCCUUUUGACUCCCUCCAGACCUACGCUUUUGAGGGAACAGGGUCAUUAGCUGGAUCUCUGAGCUCCUUAGGAUCAGCAGUCUCUGAUCAGGAUGAAAAUUAUGAUUACCUUAACGAGUUGGGACCUCGCUUUAAAAGAUUAGCAUGCAUGUUUGGUUCUGCUAUACGGUCAAAUAAUUAGGGCUUUUUUAAAUUUUAAAAAUGCUAAUAUGUGUUUGGGCAAACUGGUAGUCGCUUAGUUAAGAGUUGUUUACUCCAGCUCUCAGUGUAGGGGAGGAAAGUUGUAGCGUCUUCGGAUUUUCUGGGCGUAAAUACCCCUUGGUUAUUUCAAGCUACCCACAUGUUGUCCCCAAAUACAGAUGUGGAGUGAUGCUAACCACCAGCUCUCUGCAGGCCAACUCUGUCAUGUAACUGAAAUAUUCCUCUAGCAUUUUUUUCACUACAAUCCAAUACAAAGUCCCAAAAUUUUUGAAUGUUUAAUGUGAGAAAGGCCCUGAACUAAAUCACUUUAAUAUUAUUUCAUUUAUCCAUUUUUUUUUUAAAUCUUACAAAGUGAGAGUAAAAUGUUUAUGUGUUUUAAGUUCCUGAUGCUAUAUGGAGAUGAACACCUAGUAGAAUCUGGUUGAUUAUAUAAAAUUUUCAAAACCUGUUUCUUUUUUAUGAAUAAGCAAGUUUCUGACUGAGAUUCUAUGAUUCACAGUAGUUUGAUAUUUUAAAAUCAUUGUCAAGACCAUACUUGAAAACUGAUUUCAAAUUUAAACAGAUUCUUGGUCUAUGUUAAUUAAUCAGAGAUACAGUAUAGAUCUGUAUUGUCUUUGAUAUAUACAGUAUAGAUUUGUAUUGUCUUUGAUAUUACAGAUUUGUAUAAAAAAGGAAGUAUGAAAGUAUGUCUGGAAGAUUUUUAUGUCAUUUUUUUAUGUAACCAAAAUACAUCUUUACCAUGUCACACUGCAAUAACAAAAUACAUGUCAAGGUUUACUCAACAUUAAAUUUAAACUUUAUGAUAAUUGUGGAAAGCAUGAAAAAUUUUAAGUAAAUUUUUAUUUCCACUAAAAAUUAUAGCAAUAAAUGGAAGAAGUAUUUGAUUCAAAGUUGAAUUAAUAUUCAUCCAAAAUAUUAGGAUCACCCUAACUGAUUCUUACCAAGCAUAGCAUAAAACAUGAUAAAAUUCUCAGCAUUUCCUUUUUAUUAAGAGCUUAGACCAGAACUGAUUCUUCAGUGUCAUUUUUUUAUUAUGGGAUAUAAAAUUAGGUGCAAUGGUUACUUUUAUUGUACCAUUAUGAAGUAAGUAUGCUAAGCUGCUGGACAUGACAAAAUCCAUGGUAACAUCCAGAUAACAAGCUUUAUGAUAACAUCAGAUAAUAAGAUAAUAAAACCCUUUAAUUUUAAUCAGCAUUUUAAGAACGAUCCUUAUUAUUCUAUCCAAAUCAAGAUGGAAUUCAAAAUUCAUAGGUUGAACAGAAAGAAAAUGGUGAAUACAGUGUCCUCAAAAUUGUUUCAUAUGUUCAUUUCUUAUUAGCAGCAUGUGAAAAUGAGCUGAACCAAAUUGACCAUAUAUAUUUAGAUAAAAUAUUUUGAAUAAUUUUUAGCUAAAGAUGAUGGAUUUGAAUAGCUACAGUAUUGUUUUCCUCUGUACUUGGAAACAUAAACACCACACCAUGUAAUAGAAGAGAGGUUUUCCAUCAAUAUCAAUUCAGAUACGAUUAUGUCAGCAACAUAGGUAUCAUCACCUUACAAAAGCCCAAGACUGGAAAUACAACAAUUUAGGAGGAUAUUAAAAGUAGAUGAGAAGUCAUAAGCCACAGAAAAUCUUUAUGCAUUCAUAGCAUCACUUACUUAGGGCAGAGUGUGAAUACUAAACAAAACAAAAUGUUAAAAGAGAAAAACUUGCUAGUAAAAUAGAAAUGUAUGAGUUGAGAGAACAUUUCUAUUUCUAUCAUACUGACAUAAAAAUUGAAAGACUAGACUUGGGGAUAUUUUCAGGAACUAUUCCAUAAAGGAUUACUCCCUGUAUUUAAAAGAUAGUGUUACAUAAUCUUGGUUGAAGAAUUGGAAAGUACGAUAAACAACAGAUAAAUCAAUCCAUGGAAGAUAGAUGAGAAAAACAGAAAUAGGGUUUUCUGAGGAUCUAGUAGGUUCUGUCAUGGGGGAAAGCCUUAGGAACAACUUAUCAAUUUGAAUGAACACUUUAAAAAAUGACCAUCUGCAUCAAUGGGGUUUUAUGUUUGAGUCCAGUGGCACUAAGCAGAUGUGUUAAAAUAAAUUCUGGUUUAGUUGAUGAUGGGACUGUUAAUUAUAGGUACAUAGGAAAAGAACAUACAUGGUUGCAUAUCUAUUUGCUAGUCUAAAUGUGUCCUUUUAAACUAUAUCAAAAAAUACUAUCUGAUUCUUGUACAGAAGUUGCAAUUUCCUAGAAAUUAUACUCGGUCACAUUUCAAUCACACUUGACCUUUUUGUAGUAACCUGAGUGUUGCAAGAACACAGCUGUAUCCUAAGCUAAAGACAUGGCACUAAGAUCUCAUUUUUGUAAAUUUUCAUAGAGGCUAAAUCAAUGCAGAUAUUUAUGAAAAUACCACAGCUUCGCAUUAAUACCUGCAGUGCUUAAAUAUUAUCCUUCGUUAACUCACAGGUUUAUGUGUAAGUCUGGAAUUACUAAUGGUUGAAACAAGAAAAUAUUUAAAGUCCUUUAUAGGGAUCAGAAACUGCCAGUGACCAUAGGUGUUCACUCCCCACCUGUGCUCGAGCCUACCCGUUCUGAGUAUGAAUUAGUGCACUUUUGUUCAAAUAACUGUGUGAACUCUGUUGGUCAAACUGUCUGCUCUUGGCAGAGCUGAGUUUGUCAUCUGUAAAAUAAGGCCCAGUCCCCCUAUUUCACAUGAUUGUUGUGAUGAAGAAGCAGUACCUGACCCAGUAAAGAACUGCAGCGUUACGAGGGUUGAUGCGAUGCGGCUGGAACAUGCAGACCCCCUUUUCCUUCUAGGACUGAGUGUCUCCUCAGCUUCACAGCAUGUUUGUGAUCUGAAUCAACUUUCUGACCCGGCACAGAAGGCACCGAAGGCCAGGUGUUCUCUCUGGGCUCAUUUCUGCAUUCUUAACUCUUCCAUUCUCACGUUCUAGGCCUGAAACAGUCUGUCCCCAAACAUUUCUCUUUUCCUUCCAUUCCUUCACUUCAUUUAGGUCUGUGAUCAACUGUGACCUCCCCAGAAAGGCCUACCUGGCCCUGGUCUUCCACUGUGGCCCUCGCUCUGCCUUGCUUUUAUUCAAAUCACUUAGCCACCUGGUAUUACAAUAUAUACGCACUUUUUUUACUUCUUAUGUCUUUAUCACUUAUUAGAAUGUAAACCCUAAUGGGCAAGGAAUCAUCUGUCUUUUUCAUUUGUUCUUGUCUAAAAUUGUUCAUAGCACAUAGUAAAUGGACCAAUAAAUAUUCCUUAAUGUAACAAUGAAUUCCAAUCUAUUUUACUUGGUCAUGUAUAGAAGCCACAUUGGGUUUUGUUAAAUAAUAAUAUGGAAUUAAUAUAUUUUUCAAAAUAGGUCGCCACUGGGCAGUUCUUGGGUACACUAAGAUUUUUCAAAAUGGUUCUAGUCAUUAUAUGAGUUUGGCGUUUUAACUAGUUUGGAAAUAUUGGUAGUAUCCCCAGGGGCAAAAAAAAAAUGUAAUGCCUUUAAACUGUUCAAUCAAAACAGGUCCUGUGAUAAAUGCUAUAGAAAUUCUCAUAUGAAUAAGUUCCCAUGAAGUGCGAUGAAUAUGAAAACAUGUGCAAUACAUGAGAAUUCUGCUUCCUGGUUACAAUACAAAACUUGGUAACAAAUGUAUUGUUAGACUUGCAAGGCCACUGGAAACCUACAAGGUAGCUUCGUGUUCUUUUAUAUGGCAUAAAAGACAUUGGAUAUCAAAUACACUAAAAGCUGGGAGACAAAAUAGAGAAAUAAAUGGAAGAAAGGAAUAUGUGGCUUUUUAUAUUUCCAAUUAUGUCUGCCUGUCUGUCUAUCAUCUAUGUAUCUAUGUAUCUAUCAAUCAUCUAUCUAAUGAGAUAAAUUGUGAUUUCCUGGAGGAAUUGAGACUAGCACUUCAAUCACAAAGCAGAUCCUUAAUACCCAUUAGAAUGUGCCGCUGCCUUCUUUUCCUAGAGAGCUCUGAGGCUGGAAGGCUGACCAACUGGUCUGAAAUGGCAGACAGAGAGAGGGCAGGGGCUGGACAAAAUGCAGUUCCUAGCUGUUGACAAGGCAAAGCUGCAUAAAUUUCCCAUAGGUUGAGACUGUAGCUGCAGAAAUUUUGCACAGAGGGAAGGUGCUGAGAGGGAGCUAAAACCAGUCAUCCAAAGAAUAUGUCACACAGGCUAAUAACAUCCUUAUUUUUCUAAGGACCUCAAGUCCUUAAAAUGUCUCCAAAUACCCCAUGCAUUAGCCCACAAUAGAGUGCCAGCAUUCUAUGCCUGGCAUUGCAGGGGAAUCUAGCUGUGGGAUUAUGGAAGCGCCAGCUAUGUUUAUUGUGCCCCUUACUUCUGUCUCCAGACAUCAGAGGUCCAGAAGCAGCAGAGUAAUUGGGAGAGGGUGAGAGAGAGAACCUUACAUCGGAUAUAAAGUGUUUUUGACACUGACCAGAAGCUGUGCAAACUGUCUGGGAUUUGGCCAAGGUGGGCAUCAGAAAGAUCAAUGCAAAUGUGUGUAAAAACUGAAUAGUAUAAAACAUUUUCAUGACGUUUCUUUUAAGUUCCAGCUAAUCAAUAACCUGUAUACAUCAACAUAUCAAAUCAAUUUGGAAUUUCAUAUAUUUUAAAUAAUUCAAAAAUCAAUUCUUAUCUAAAUCAGAAGCAAAAUACAAAAAAGUAAACAUAAUUUAUAGUGUCCUUAAAAAUUUGUGAACAUAUGAAAAUAGUUUACAAAACUCUUUCAUGUCAUUCUUUUGUGCUUAUUCAUUUUAAUAUUUAAAACAUGAUAUGUUCUAUUGAAUUCUGCAAUGCUAAGUGAUUUAUCUCAGCUACAAAUAAGGCUGCACAUGUAAAAUAACUCAUAUCCAUGAUUACAUAGAGGUCCAAAUCUGUAAUAUGAUUUGUCUAGAAAAGGAAGUGGAGCUGCUGUAUGUAUUCACAUGUUUCCAUAAUAUCUCAUUUACAUGCUAGUGAGAAUAAGUGGUCUAUGAAGUACAUUUUUAAUUAUUUUCCAGUUGCUAACAUUUCUUUGUUGUGUAAACUUUGAUGAAUUAUUUAAAAUGUUCUCUUUUGGUACCUUAAUUUGUACAGUAAGGAUAUUAAAAAUGGAUAAUCAGAUUUUCAUAGGAAUUAAUAAAAAUAAUACAUAUAAAGAAUGAAUUAUGCCUAACAUAGAGAAUGUAUGACAUUUUAUCUGUUAUUGUUAACAUAACAAUUAUUGCGACAUUAUUAAGUUUAUCUUUAGAAAUGCUCAUAGACCAAGCUCAUUACUCUACAAUUAAUGUGGACAAAAAGAAAAUGAAUUAAUGCAGGACAAUAAU